GACAACACGCACACACCUUACAGGGCGCACCCGUACGAUGGAGCACCACGGUACGGAUUUUCAUCGUAGCUCCAAUUCGCUCGAUUCCGAUUCAAAGUCUAGUUCGCUCAACUCCAAGCACGGGAUGGACACGAUUGUGGCAAACGAGAACGGCUUUACGUAUCUUUCCGGCGAGAACAUGCAGGACCGGAAGAGUGAUGUAUCGUACAUCUGCCCAUAUAGUGGGCCCGCAAUCGGCACACUCACGAUCACCAAUUAUCGUCUUCACUUUCGAUCACAACCUGCAUCCGACAAGGAUCCGGUCAUCGUAGUCGACUGUCCGCUCGGUGCAGUUAGCCGCAUCGAGAAGGUUGGUGGUGCAAGCUCUCGGGGAGAAAAUUCCUACGGAAUAGACAUUUUCUGUAAAGAUAUGCGCAACUUACGGUUCGCCCACAAGCAGGAAAAUCAUUCCCGGCGUACCGUUUUCGAGAAACUCCAGCUGUACGCGUUCCCGCGUGCCAACGAUGGUCAACUGUUUGCGUUUAAUUAUCGUGAAAAGUUCCCCGAAGAUGGGUGGACCGUUUACGAACCGGUGGCCGAAUUACGCCGGAUGGGUGUGAACAGUGCAAACAACGAUACGUGGCGCAUUACACGGAUUAACGAAGGGUACGAAAUUUGUGACAGCUACCCCUCGGUGUGGGCCGUACCGAAGACGGCAAAGGAUGAUCUGUUAAAGCAGGUCGGUGCGUUUCGAUCGCGCAACCGACUUCCGGUACUGUGCUGGAUUCAUCCGAAAUCUCUCGCAACCAUAACGCGCUGCUCCCAGCCACUGGUCGGUGUCGGUGGUAAGCGUAGCGAGGCGGAUGAAACGUACAUCAAUCUCAUCAUGGAAGCGAACGCACAAUCGGACAAGCUGUCGAUCAUUGAUGCGCGACCGAGUGCGAAUGCGAUCGCAAACAAAGCGAAGGGUGGUGGCUACGAGUCGGAAGAUGCGUACAAGAACGUGGAACUAACGUUUCUGGACAUUCACAACAUACACGUGAUGAGGGAAAGUUUGCGCAAGUUGAAGGAAAUUUGCUUCCCGGCCAACGAUGACCACAAAUGGUUGUCGGCGGUGGAGAGUACGCUGUGGCUCAAACACAUCAAGUGCAUACUGGGCGGUGCGGUACGGAUUGUCGAUCGGAUCGAAAACAUGCGAAUGUCGGUGGUGGUACACUGUUCGGACGGGUGGGACCGUACGUCACAGCUGACGGCAUUGUCGAUGCUGCUGCUCGAUCCGUAUUAUCGUACGCUGAAAGGUUUCGAGGUGCUGAUCGAGAAGGAAUGGCUUAGCUUUGGACACAAGUUUGAACAGCGCAUCGGCCACGGUGACAAUCAUCACUCGGAUGCGGACCGAUCGCCAGUGUUCCUACAGUUUAUUGAUUGUGUGUGGCAGAUAUCGAAACAGUUCCCACAUGCGCUAGAAUUCAACGAAUACUUUCUAAUCACGAUCCUCGAUCAUCUGUACUCGUGUCGGUUCGGAACGUUCCUGUACAACACCGAACGAGAGCGUGUAUCGAACGAUCUCAAAAAUCGCACCGUCUCGCUGUGGUCGUUCAUUAACUCGUCGCACGAAGAGUACCGCAAUCCACUGUACGGUGGGUUAAGCAACUAUCUCAGCUCGAUGCCAGUGCAAACCGUACUGCGACCGGUCGUUAGCAUGCGGCAUAUUCGCCUGUGGAAGGGGCUUUACUGUCGGUGGAAUCCGAGCAUGCGGCAGCAGGAUCCAAUCUAUCAGCGUACGCGCGAACUGCUAGCACUACAGGCGGAACUGAUGAAGCAGUUGGAAGACUGUCGAACGGAACGUGUUCUCAACUAG